AUGGCCAAAACCAGUGUCCGUCCGAUGGAUGCAGCUGACCAUGUGGAGGCGGUCACCAACAAGGCUUUGGAGGCCAACUGCAAUUUCCAUCCAGACCUGAUCAGGCUCGAGCGCAAGAAGAGCCUCCUUCAGGCGAAGCUGAUGGCCAAGAAACUGGAAGAACAAGAGGAGCUUUUUCAUGCUAAUUUACCUCACUGCCUUGCUCGUGUGCUUGAAGGGAAACGGAUCCUUUUGUGGGAACAACUUCUGCUACGCUACAACUAUGAUGACAUGGCGGUGCUGCGCUUCAUGAAGGAGGGCGUUCCUUUGGUGGGCUGCCACGACAGCCCGGAUUGCUACCCCUUGAAACUGAAACCUGCGUCGCUCACGGAGGAAGAUCUUGCGCAGAGUGCAGUGUGGCGGAGGAAGGCAAUGUUGAACCGUCGUUCUGCCGAGCUGGAUCCCUCCCACGUUGACCACCUGGAAGAAACUGCUGGCGAGGAAUUGCAAGCAGGUUUCCUGGAGGGGCCCUUCGAGUCUGAGCGCGCAGUUACAGAGUUUUUCGGACAUGACCGCUGGAGUGUGGUGCGAAGAUUUGUGCUUGUACAGGGCAGUGAGGCCGAUCGAUGA